GCUGCGGGGGGGGGGCGCGCGCGCGCGGCCCGAGGCCGUCUCCCUUGGACAUGUCGCGCCUUCCAGCCCAGCGGCUUGUCGCGGCGGUGAGGGGCUGGCGCGGCUUCUCAGUUUGCAAGUCAUGUGCUCUCCGAAGAUUUUCCAUCCAGCCUGCCCAGCAGAAGAAGAUUCCAAACCGGUAUUUGGGCCAGCCCAGCCCCUUCACACACCCACACCUUCUCAAACCAGGAGAGGUAACCCCAGGAUUGUCACAGGUGGAAUAUGCUCUUCGCCGACACAAACUGAUGGCGUUGAUCCAGAAGGAAGCCCAUGGCUGGGAUGGAUUGGACCACACAGUGAUUCUGCUAUCUAACCCCACGUACUACAUGAGCAAUGAUAUCCCCUACGUUUUCCACCAGGACACUGACUUCCUGUAUCUCUGUGGGUUCCAGGAGCCUGACAGCAUCCUGGUGCUGCAGACCAUUCCUGGCAAAGCACUGCCCUCCCACAAAUCCAUACUUUUUGUGCCUCGGAGAGAUCCAAGCCGAGAGCUGUGGGAUGGGCCCAGAUCAGGCACAGAUGGGGCGAUUGCUCUCACAGGAGUAGAUGAAGCUUACACCAUUGAGGAGUUCAGACACUUGGUGGCCAAGCUGAAAGGUGAGUCAAACAUUGUUUGGUACGACUUGAAGAAACCAGUGCAUACAGAGCUGCACUCUGACUACAUGCAGCCCCUGGCUGAGAUAAAAGCUCGGAACAAAAACCACAUCCAGGGCAUCCGACAUCUAGUGCAAAACCUUCGGCUGAUCAAAUCUCCCGCAGAGAUUGAAAGGAUGAAGAUAGCUGGACAGGUGACAGCAGAGGCUUUCAUGGAGACAAUGUUUGCCAGUAAAUCCCCAGUGGAUGAGGCCUUUCUGUAUGCAAAGUUUGAAUUCGAGUGCCGGUCUCGUGGUGCUGACAUCUUGGCGUACCCCCCUGUUGUUGCUGGUGGCAACAGAUCAAACACUUUGCACUAUGUGAAGAACAAUCAGCUCAUCAAGGAUGGUGAACUGGUCUUGCUAGAUGGUGGAUGUGAGUCUUCCUGCUACGUAAGUGACAUCACACGUACCUGGCCCAUCAAUGGAAGGUUCACCAAACCCCAGGCAGAACUCUAUCAGGCUGUCCUGGAUAUCCAGAAGUCCUGCCUGAGCCUCUGCUCCCCAGGUGUAAGUCUAGAAAAUAUCUACAGCCUCAUGCUGAGCCUUAUUGGACAGAAACUGAAAGAGUUGGGGAUCCUGAAGAGCAGCAUCACUGAGAGCCACUUCUUCAAGGCUGUUCAAAAGUACUGCCCGCAUCAUGUGGGCCAUUACUUGGGCAUGGAUGUUCAUGAUACCCCAGAUAUGUCCCGAUCGCUCCCGCUCCAGCCAGGCAUGGUGAUAACCAUUGAACCAGGCAUUUAUGUCCCUGAGGAUGAUGUGAGUGCCCCGGAGAGGUUUCGUGGCAUUGGUGUACGCAUUGAGGAUGAUGUUGUGAUAACAGAGGAUGCACCUCUCAUCUUGUCUGCUGAUUGUCCCAAGGAGAUCUACCACAUCGAGCAGCUCUGUGGCCGCAGCUCAUGAUGCCCCUUCCCUGCCUCUUGCAUCCUCCUCAGGAGACACAGCCCUCCAGGGAUACAGAUCCCUGUAGCUGGCUGUAGUUGUCAAGUGGUGGAGGGUGUGGACAGUUGAUGGCUGUUUCCAAGACUGGGGCUGGGAAGUGGAAUGCAAAAGGCUUUAGGGAUGAAAAAGCAUAGCAACCUUUUCUGUGUGCAUUUUCCUUCUGAUUUGAUUAGUGCUGAUGUUGAGCUGUUGUAGGACACAGGAGUGGAUUCAUCCCUCUGCUUUGUGGAUCCAUCUGUUCUGGUGCCCUUGGAGAGAUGAAUUUUGUCAGUGCUGUCAUCAGGACUUCUGCCUGGUCCCCCUCCAGAUGCAUAGGUGUAACUGCUGAGACCAGGGCCCCAUUUUUUCCCCUUUAGCAGUAGUUUCACAACAGUUAGAUUUUUAAAAUGAAGCUUUGAUAAAUGCUGGUUUGGGGGAAUAAAGUGUGUCAGACGGCUUUGAUUUUUAUAGAGCCCUGGAAGGAGGGGUUUUGGUAGUCAGAAAGAUGGGUUUAGUUGGGAGAUAGUUUUAUCUGAAGCCUACUCUAUUUGUAUUUUAAGGGUAAGGAUGUGUUUGGGCCUUGUUCAGGAAUAUGCAAAAUAAGCCAACAGCAGGGAAAAACAUCUCCUCUGGUCUUUCAGCUUAUUGUAGUGUUUGGUAAUUUCAGAAAGGACAGAUAGGGCUCAGGAGGUUGGACACACCCAUUCUUGCUGUUUUCCACAUUCCCUUCUUUUUGUCCCAAACAUCCAUUCCAGUCUCCUGUUCUGAGCCCACCUCUAUCCUGGGAAGUAGGGCCGUGUUGACUGUGCUGGAUUCCACUGGUGAGUUACUGGUUGGCACCUAGAUGUGAGGUGUCCUAUUCUGGGACAGUCACACCACCUCUCUGGCUUAUGCUGUAAGUACCAGCAACCUCAGCAGUGCAUUUUUGAAGAGGCUGCCCUAUGACUAGUCUCGAGUCUAUGCAACUUCUAUACAGAAUUUUCAAAACACCGAGGGCAUGAUCAUAGCUGCCUUUUGGGUUUUGACAAGUGCAGUCAGUAAUUAAUGCUCUGUGAUAGCUGCAAAUGUGAUUAGGGGCUAUGAGGGAUGAAGAGUAAAGAGAAGGGUUGUCUUCCCUCAACAUCAGUCUACCACCCAGGCCACUGUAUGCAGUAGUAAAUACACGUACCAGAGGCAAACAUGGCAUCUGUGUAGUUACUGAAAAUGUUUUGACAAACAGCUCUUUAACAUGUUGGAAAAUUACCUCUCAUCCGUGCAUCUCCUGUUAUUUAUGCUUGCUGUUGCAUCAUAUCAUCUUACUUCCUUUAUUUUUCUUACUUCCAGUAUUUUUCAUCUGUUAUUCUCAAUUUUCUUUCUUUUUCUCUUCCUAUAUUGUCUAUUUUUGACCCACUGUAAUGUCACUGCAUCCUAACCCACAUUGCUUUCUAAUCAAUGUCACUGACUCUUUCCAGGUGUGCCAUAAUUUCCCACAGUGGAUCUAGUCGGAACCAUGUUGGGGAGGUAGUCAGGGUUUCUGAGUUCAACCUCUGGCUCUGUUGCUGUGUAACCUCUAGAAAAAUCUGCUUUUUUUUCUUCUUUUUUUAUUUUAUUUUCGCUUAGUGAAGGCCAGAUGGACAGUGUCCUGCAUCUCUCACUGCUUUUAAUGGGAGCUGGGUGCAUGCAAUGUGGUUUGAAUUUGCCACUUGAAAUACAGACGACAUGUCAUCAUUUUAUUUUUUAAAUAUGACAGAAAGCAAAUACUUUUACAGAGUAGCAAGGUUCACCUAUUUCAGAGAGUCUGCUAAUCUUUGAUGGAAGCCUUUGUAACAUGCUCAUGUGUUACAGUGAUACGUACAGUGUAAAUUGUUAGAAGGAAGGCUUGUUAAGUGUGGAGACAGAACUGAUGAAUGGUUUUGAUGUUGUUCUGAUCUGUACCGCAUUUGUUGUUCCAAUUACACCUGUUAGAGCCAUGUCAGAUGGGACAAAUCUUGGAUUUUGGAACUAUGUAAGCAGCUUAAAAUAACAUUAACCUGAGAGCUACAUGUGUGUGCCAAUCUGCACAUCUGCCCAUGUACCUAACAGAGUUAAUGAUUGUACUUACUGUAAAUAAGCCUUUGAAAUACAUAUAAAAAAGUUAUUUUUAAAAUAAAACCAUUUGUAGAAAGUCAUUUCUUGGGCCAUCCAGUUGCAUGGCUGGGCUGUUGAGUAGAUAUAAGCACUUCCAGAAAGAGCAUUAUUUUUCAGAGAGAUUUCUAAGUUAUCUGUAACCUAUCUUGGACUUGAAAUAACAUUGUCAAAUGUAUGCACACUCUUAAUUCCUGCUCCUCAGGAAAAUCCUGCAACUUGCAAACACCAGUAGAUCUUAGGAAUGUUGCAGAUUAAUGUUUCUGUCAGUAAAGAAGUGUUUGUGACUCUGCUGAGUGGGGUGUAUUGGAUCUGCUUGGGCUGCUCUGCUCCACCGUGCUAAGUGUGUCUGGUUUAGGCUGUGCAUUGCGCCGUUUUCUGUAAUUCCUCCACAGCACUCAGCCACUUCUUCAGCAUAAACUGCUGCUAAUGUUUUGAAUCUGUUGUUCCAUGUAAAGAAGAGUGCAUUUUGCAGAAUAUAUUAAAUUUGAGUCUUAACCUAAA